ACCCGCACAGGGCGCCAGGGCUUCUCUUGAGCUUUAUGGCUGAUGAAGGAGGGGCCAACUCCUCUUGGCGAAGUGGAGUUGACUGUGGAUAUUCCUGUGAAUUUUACAACGCACGGAAAGUCUGUGAAAUUUCUCAACAUCCAUGGUCUUGAGACAAACUUCCAACAGCGGAAGUUUUACUGUUCUCUUACGGGCGCCUCAUUUGUACCCGACGAAGGGGCAGAAGGAGAAGUCCCAACGGUCCUGACAGAUAACGGUCGCCAAACUUUAACAAAGCAACACCAGGGAACUCCUACCAUGCACAGCAAAGAAACUUCACCGGAGCCAGCCAGUCUGAACUGUUCGAAUCCAGUGGUGAGUUGUGCUCGGCUCUCAUGCUUAAUCAAGUCGUGGCCGUCCUCGAGUAGUGUUGCCGAUGUCACCGUCAAGCUGUCGCUCAAUCUCGCCGUCCUAGCUCGUCACAUCUCGGUGAAAAGAGGAGCUGUUUUGAAGAGUUUCAUAAGGGCAAAGAUCUUAUCACUAAAUCCUGAGCUGAAUUUUGUUGGGAAAAAAGAGACAGAUUUCGUUGUGAUGACACUAGUGCAGCCGGACAGUCCACCUGGAAAAGGCGUUCCUUGGUGGGUCAUCUUGCUGACUCUGCUGGGUGGCCUCCUGCUCCUCUCUCUCCUCACCUACGGUCUCUACAAGGCUGGAUUCUUCAGGAGAAAAGAACUUGAAGAAAUGAAAGCUCAACGUGCUCAGGUAGACUCCAGUACCGUUAACGCUGGUCUGGUUGAGGACUAAGAGACUAACCUAAAACCCUAUUAUUCAUUUAGCUGUUACCAUGUGCAGUCAUAAAGCUCAACAAGGAUCGCUAAAA